UGCGCACAGUCCUGCCAUAGUAAACAAAACGCGUCGUUCGGGGUUCGCUGCGCAUUUUUAAUGCAAUAAAAAUAAAAGCGAAAGGCAAGACGAAAUCACGCAACUGGCCGUCGCUUUACCUUUUGUGGCCAUAAAUCCGGGAUUGAGCGUUUUUCAUCGAUGCCGACUCCGCGUUUCCCUGAUUGCGGUGUUGUCUUACUGCUGUGAAGGAAAAUUCUGCGUAGCAAACAAACCGGUCGGUCUUGUACAUACAGUGUAUAUAUACGUAGUAUAUACACACACACCAGUUCGGGCGCGUAUAUGGCCGAGGAAAAAGCGUCGCAGUGCAUUUUGUGUGGCAAAUUAAUUGCGCCGAGUGUCUUGAAAAACAGUAUUUGCCUGCCGAACUCGUAAUUUUGGAGUCCAUAUGCCCCUGCUCUGCUGCGGGGGUGAAGGUGCGUCCAUGUGAGCCUGCAAAGGUGGUGAGCCGCGAAUUGUGAAUUGCCGUGCAAACACACACAGACCCACCCCUUCCCGCUCCGACAGCAGCGAGUGUUCCACUUUCGGCUGUCCUGAUUUUCCUGCAGUGCAGCCAGGACAUCAGCUUUCUUCUGGGCGUGUUCUUCGCCCUGUCCUAGUUUCUGGGAACGCGGAGUCGAUCAAAGGACCAUCGAACCAGGAUACUUGCAGCAUGCUCUGGAGCUGCGACAGCAGCUCUCCGCUUGACUUUCCGAUGCAUUUCGGGCAUUCCUUGAUUGCCGGCUUAGAUGCGCUAGCCUAGGAUUGGACUGCGUCAAGAUGUCGUCGAGCAACGGCGGUCUCAGCAGUGCCACCAAUGGCCGCAGCGGUAGCACCGGCAGCGCAAAUAUCAACCUCAAUCUUAAGGGGCAGGAGCGGUCUAUAGCAGCGGGACCUGGGGCUGGUGCAUCAGGUGCCACGACCACGUCAAUUACACAUAAAACACUGCCAGACCUGAAGACGCAGAGAAGCAAUAGCGCUUGUCACGCCCACGAGUCACUAUCCGCCCUACGUCGGAUCGUGCUGCCGGAAAAACCGCCUGAGAAGCCGCUCAGCUAUGCUGCGGCCCAAAGCCGAGUCUUGGGCAAAGAGGCUAAGGAGGGCCACCUGGUCUACUGCGAGGGGCGGCUUCACUCGGGUCCUCUGCAAUCACUCAUUGUCCACAUGGUCCCCACCCACGAAUACUAUCCGGAUGAUGGCUUUGUUUUCGCUUUCCUCCUCAGCGCCAGGCUUUUUGUGCGCCCCCACGAGCUCUUGGCGCAGAUCUCGCAGACUUGGGAACAGCAAGAUGUGGGCGCCGGUGGAGAUGCGGUGGAUGAUGCCGGACAGGUGCCUGGCCGACCCAUGCUGCUUAGCAUCAAUUCUGCCUCGCCGCUCACGCAGAGGAAAGGAUCCGCGACUGCGGUAUCAGCAUCCAGUUCAGAGCUAGAGCCGCGUCCGCAGCAGCGGACGAGCACUCAGCGCUCUGCCCAAUACUGCAUCAGACUACUGUCGGAAUGGAUCGAGAUCUUCCCGUACGACUUCAGAGAUGAGCGACUGAUGCAGCAGGUGCGCAUUCUGGCAAGGAAGUGCGUCUACAUUGACAAUUCGCUUGGCAAACAGGUGUCGCGCAUCCUGCAGCUUCUCGUAUCCCGACUGACGUCACUAGAGCAGUACGAGGAGUUUCUGCAGACACUAACCUCUGAGGAGGCCAGCAAUCAGCAGCAGCAGCACCACCACCACGGACACCACCAUCACUUGCACAAUGCCUUCCAGACCUUUCUGGGCACCUCUUCACAUACCAACGGGGCCAGUGGCGGCGGAUCGGCCAGCGGGGCCUCCAAUUCUUCCUCCAGCGGCCACACCUCCUCUGCCUCCACAUCCAACUCGAUCUCCACAACUCCACAGCCGGACGAAGUGUUCGGCAUUAUGGACAUGUGUCCGAGCUGUGCGGACUUGGCCCACCAGUUGACUGCCAUCGAGCUUGAGCGCCUGUCUCACAUUGGGCCAGAGGAGUUUGUCCAAGCCUUCACAAAGGAUUACCAGCAGCAGGCCAAGGAUGGGGGCAAGGAGAGCAGCAAAGGCAAGGGUAGUGGAGGUGGUUCGUUGAACGACAUGAAAAAGACACGCAACUUGGAGUCGUAUGUGCAAUGGUUCAAUCGACUCAGUUACUUGACGGCCAGCGAGAUUGUCAAGUACCCUAAGAAAAAGCAGCGUGUGCGCAUUAUAGAGUAUUGGAUUGAGACAGCCCGCGAGUGCUUCAAUAUUGGCAACUUUAAUAGUCUGAUGGCCAUUAUAGCUGGUCUAAACCUGGCACCCAUAGGCAGACUCAAAAAGACGUGGGCCAAAGUGCAAUCGGCCAAGUUUUCCGUGCUGGAACAUCAAAUGGAUCCAACAUCGAACUUUAACAGCUAUCGCUCUACGCUUAAAGCUGCGAUGUGGCGCUCAGAGGGCGCUACUGAGGAACGCGAACGCAUAAUCAUUCCAUUCUUUAGUUUAUUUGUUAAGGAUUUGUACUUUUUGAACGAGGGCUGUUCCAAUCGCAGGCUGCCAAACAAUCAUAUCAAUUUUGAGAAGUGCUCCCAACUGGCCAAACAAGUGAUGGAGUUUAAUGAAUGGAAGAAAGUGAACUGUCCUUUUGAGAAACUGCCCAACGUCAUUGCCUAUCUUCAACACAGCGCAGUGCUUAAUGAGAACACUCUUUCAUUGGCAUCAUUUGAGUGUGAGCCACCAGAGAACACGGAGGAGAAGGACCGCUACAAGACCGUGAAGGCGGAGACGAAGCAACAACUGCUACAGCAACUGCAAGAGCAGCAGCAGUAGUCGCAGUAACCACUAUGUAGAGGGUAGACUAAGCUACGCUUAAGCGCUUGCCAUGAUUAUUUUUUCAAUUAGAGCCGUAAGACCGGGGAUAUUUUAGUCUAAGUUAAUGAGAACGAUGAGUACAGAGGGUGACCAAGCCUCAACCCUGAUUAUCCCCUCCUGCGAAAGAAAAGCUUUUGAAGCUUGAGUCUCUGUGUAAUAUGUUGUCAAAAAAUUUUAUUUUCACUCACUAACCUUCUCUUUGUGUUUCUGUCCCAAAUUUUUACAUGAUGGGCGGCGGCGCGUCUUUUAGAGAGCAGCUCCGUAGGCAGUAAUUUUAUUUAUUUAACUAGGCUAUUAGAAGGGUGGAGACAACGAACCAAUGUACUUAAAGCCUUAUUUGGCUAACAGCUAAUGCAACUCAUUUAGUUAUUAGCGUGGAAUGUUUGGUAUAUCAUGAAUAAGUUAUGAUAUCAUUAUUAUGAUCAAAACCAUCUGACAAAGCUGCAUGAGUACGAUAUAUUCGUACGUGACCAGUAUUUAUAUUUAUGUAUACAAUUUUAUAGCUAAAUGAAAUCUUUUUGAUAUUCCCUAAAGAUUACAAUCAAAUAUAAUCUGACGGGUUACAGGAUGAUUCUUUCUCGAGGCUUUUCUGUAUCAGUAAAAUAAUAUCCGCAAAUUAUCAGUCGCUGAGCAUAAAAAUGUUCGUAUAAUUAAGAAAACCAGCAAGUAGGAAAGGCAACAUAGAAAUGAAAAAAAAUGCUUCUUUUUUAUAAGAAUUUGAUUUUUAACGAUGCAAUUGCAAGAUUAAGUAAAAUUGUGGAUUUAAUCAUUAAUGAUAUUAACUAUAAAAGGACUAAACACAACUUACGUGAUUAAAACUGCUUUCGAAUAAAGGAUAUGAACAAAACCAGUUCUUAUAACAAAAUAUUGUAAUUUGUAUAUGUUGGAUUAUGAUUGGAUUAUGAUUUGAUUUUUUUGUUUUUGCUUUUGAGUGUCAAAUAGAAAGUCAUCAUUAUCAACAUAUGGUUUUCUACCUUACCAAGGGGGACUAAGCCUUUAUAGAAUGCAAUAGAAAAGCAUCAAAGUUAGCUGAAAUAACAAAAAAAUGGCUUUUCAACAAGCAUCGUUUUUAAAGUUAAAACUGAUUUAAUUGCUGAUAGGAAUGAGUCUUAAGGGGGUAUAGUUACUUCGCUGCAAUAUCGUUAAUUUUUAUGAAUUUUUAUUUGCGAUACGGAUAGUCUCAGUACAAUUUUUGUUUUCCCAUGUGAUAAUAACACCAUUUAUACAAUAUGUGUGAAAAUUUGCAUCCAAAAAUAUUAAAAAGAGUGAUAUAGGCAAUUUCCGGCCCCACCUCCUUGCGAUGCACAUCGUAACUGGUCACAAAAUCAUCUGAAUUGAAAAAAUCAAAUUGCAUUAUUUAAAGGAAAAAUUUCCCCAGGUAACGGCUUAGAGUUUUUAUUUUUUAAUUUUUUUAGAAAUUUAGAAAAGAAGCACUGUGCAAAAUUCAAAACUAUUCGUCCUUUGAAAUGACCUACGUUCAAUUGCCCAUAACUUCGGAAGUUUUACCCGGAUCUAUCUCAAAUUGUAACACAAUAUUCUUGAAAUGUUGUUCAUUUAGAAAACGAAAAUUAUUUAUUUGCAUUAUUAUUUUUGAUUUUAGUUUUGGUCGACUUUUUCACUGUUUUUUAGGAUACAUUGUUGAUUCAUUUGCAUUAUUAUUUUUGAAAUAAAUCGAAAGAGAUGGCAAAGAAAUUGAUAAUAACGGAAAACUUAAUAGAAUUAUAGCCAUAGCCAGUGCUGUUAGCGGAUCGGUAAAGGAGGAGAGUUUUCUCAGACGGGCGUUAUGAAAAUUUCAUAAUAAAUAUGUCAAUAGCUAUAUCAGUCUGGACCGAGGUCUCGAUCUAAAAACAUUCAGCAAAUUGCAAUAAGAUUCCAAAAGUGCUAGUAACUUCACAUAAAACCUAAUACUCAGGAUCAAAAAACAAGUUCGGAAAAACAUGAAUCUUUCCAAUGUGACAGCAUUUUUAAAAGUUCAUCGGAAUUAAGUGUUCUACGGUCUUACUUUCCAUCGGGUUGGUUUGUUGACAAGCAGUUCAAAUUCAAAAAUCUUAUUUUUGAGAAAGAGCUUUUAAAAUUCUUAACUACCUUGGCAAUUUAAAUUUAACAGUUUUUUUUUAAUUUACUGAUAAUUAAUUGUAAAUUUAAAGGUCAAAGCUGCACUAAGUUCAGCAGGCUAUUUUUAUAUUUUUUUGUAGUGUUUUUCCGUCUAUUUUUGACCUAAGAAAAACUUUGCUCUGACAACAGACACAUCAAAAAAUAUUUUUUUCGUUGGGGCCUGAGGAACGUUCAUCCAGACUUAAUUUCAGGUGGUUGGCAACGCGAAGUAAUUUUCUGGUACCGGGGUGAAAAAAAGCCUUUCGAGAAGUGUUCGCCAGCAUUUUUUUUCUGAAUGCAAAACAUCUCGAGAAUAUUGUUUUAAAAUUUUAGAUCGAUCCGAGUAAAACUUCCGUACUUAUGGGCAGUUGAACGUAGGUAAGUAAGCGCGUUUUAUAUUCAAUUUUUGGGUGUCCCAAACUAUAAAACAAUCUCCUGAAAAGUUGCCAUUUGAAAAUCGGUGUACAC